AUGGCUGGUGAGACGAGUGCUCGAUAUGGGGCAGCUGUGGCAGCUCUCGGCGGCCAAGAAAUGGAGCGCGUGCGUGAAUCACGUAUUCUUAUUGUUGGUGCCGGUGGCAUUGGGUGCGAACUGCUCAAGAACCUCGUACUUACCGGUGUGGGACACAUUGACAUUAUUGAUCUAGAUACCAUUGAGCUUUCGAAUCUGAACAGGCAAUUUCUUUUUCACAAAAAACACAUCAACCAGUCCAAGGCCAUAGUGGCGCGCGACGCAGCAUCCGCAUUCAAUCCCGAUGUUCGCAUUGUGGCACACCAUGCAAACAUCAAGUCGCAUCAGUUUGAUGUCGCCUAUUAUGCUUCCUUUGAUGUGGUAUUAAGCGCACUUGAUAACUUGGAUACGCGACGAUGGGUGAAUCGAAUGUGCGUGAUGGCUCGCGUGCCGCUCAUUGAGAGCGGCACGGCGGGCUUUUUGGGACAGGUCCAGCCUAUCCGACCUUCGUAUACAGAGUGCUAUGACUGCACUGAGCACCCCACACCUACUACGUUUCCUGUUUGCACAAUUCGCUCAACUCCCUCGACGCCUGUACACUGCAUCGUGUGGGCCAAGAGCUGGCUGUUACCUCAACUCUUCGGUGAAUUGGAUAAUUCAGACGAGCAAGAAUUUUCUGAAGCAGCCAAGCGCGGCGAAGAUGCAGCAGAGCUUCAACGACUCCGUCAAGAAGCGCAACAAAUGCUCACUUAUCGUGAGCAGCUCUACGCAUCGUUGAAUGCACCGCAGGUCGUUUGCGAGCGGAUUUUUGACAAAUUGUACAGCGUCGAUAUUCAGCGCCUGUUGAGCAUGGACGACAUGUGGGAGCAUCGCACACGACCGGAACCACUCACUUUUGCAUCCGCUUGUCGCGACACAUCGUCGCCCACCAAGUCAGAUGCGCCAACGCUCCGUGAUCGUCGCCAACUUACACUCGCGGAAAAUGCUGCUUUGUUUGUUGAGACAGCAACAGCGCUCGCGAAACGUGCAGCUUCUGGUACACCUGUGGCAUUCGACAAGGACGACGACGAGACGCUAGGAUUCGUUACUGCAGCAGCCAACCUUCGUGCACGCGUAUAUCAUAUCCCGGAGCAGACUCGCUUUGACACGAAGCAAAUUGCUGGCAACAUCAUUCCAGCUAUUGCCACCACCAAUGCAAUUGUGGCCGGAUUAGUGGUUGUCGAGGCACUACACAUGCUAGCUUCUCGAUGGUCUGAACUGCGGGUGGUGAGUCUUGCUCGUCGCUCCACCCGUCUAUUUACGACGUUCCCAUGCAGCUUGCCGAAUCCGAAAUGUGGUGUGUGUCAAGAUACCUAUGUGCGUGUUUUUAUCGAUCCCGAGAGUGCGACCUUGCAGCACGUUCUGGAUGCUGCUCAUUCGUAUCUAGGGUAUGAGGACGACGCUGAUCUGUCGAUUUCGGCCGGUGCCCGAAUCCUGUAUGAUGCUGACUUGGACGACAAUCUGCCCAAACUCCUACGUGACUUGCAUGUGCAUCCAGGUAACACUCUUUCUGUCGUGGAUGAAAAUGGUGUCAUGUCUACGGCCCAAUUUGUUUUGGAAGGCCAGAGUGACACGAAAACAUCGCCCCUUUACAUCGAAAAAGCUGUGCAGCUUGGCAAACGAAGUUGCGCUGAGAAGGAGGAAAGUGACGACGAAGACGAUGGCGUCCAAGUUCUCGAGUCAGCACCUUUGAAGCGCGCGCGCGACGCAGAUCACGAAAAUUCUACACCGAAACGAAUCCGAGCACAAAACGACACGGACGAUGUGAUUGUGUUGGACUAA